CCAGAUAGUGUACCCAGGAUCCCACGGCACCAUGUAUCUCGCACUCCGGCUCCUCGCGCGCUCGAGACGGCUCUCGCGAGCUCUAGCCUCCGCUCCUGCCUCAGGCUCAGCUCUGGACCUCGGUGGCAGGGCGUCCUUCUUGUUCCGGCCCCCGAACUCAGCUGGAAUGGCGAGCCAAGAAUCCUACCGGAUAGAAUAUGAUACUUUUGGGGAACUCAAGGUCCCUAAUGAUAAGUAUUAUGGUGCUCAGACUGUGAGAUCUACAAUGAACUUUAAGAUUGGAGGUGUGACAGAACGCAUGCCAAUACCAGUUAUUAAAGCUUUUGGCAUCUUGAAGCGAGCGGCUGCUGAAGUAAACCAGGAUUAUGGUCUUGAUCCAAAAAUUGCCAAUGCAAUAAUGAAGGCAGCAGAUGAGGUAGCUGGGGGUAAAUUGAAUGAUCAUUUUCCUCUUGUGGUGUGGCAGACUGGAUCAGGAACCCAGACCAAUAUGAAUGUAAAUGAAGUUAUUAGCAAUAGAGCAAUUGAAAUACUAGGAGGCGAACUUGGCAGCAAGAACCCCGUGCAUCCCAAUGAUCAUGUUAAUAAAAGCCAGAGCUCAAAUGAUACGUUCCCCACAGCAAUGCACAUUGCUGCUGCAAUAGAAGUUCACGAAGUACUGCUACCAGGACUGCAGAAGCUACAAGAUGCUCUUGAUGCAAAAUCUAAAGAGUUUUCCCAGAUCAUCAAAAUUGGGCGUACUCACACACAGGAUGCUGUUCCUCUUACUCUUGGCCAGGAAUUUAGUGGUUAUGUUCAACAAGUGAAAUAUGCAAUGACAAGAAUUAAAGCUGCUAUGCCAAGAAUCUAUGAGCUUGCAGCUGGAGGCACUGCUGUUGGUACUGGUUUAAAUACUAGAAUUGGCUUUGCGGAAAAAGUUGCUGCGAAAGUGUCUUCACUCACAGGCUUGCCUUUUGUCACAGCUCCAAAUAAAUUUGAAGCUCUGGCUGCUCAUGAUGCUUUGGUUGAACUUAGUGGAGCCAUGAACACUACUGCCUGCAGUUUGAUGAAGAUAGCAAAUGAUAUUCGUUUUCUCGGGUCUGGUCCCCGCUCAGGUCUGGGAGAAUUGAUCUUACCUGAAAAUGAACCAGGAAGUAGUAUUAUGCCAGGCAAGGUGAACCCGACCCAGUGUGAAGCAAUGACCAUGGUUGCAGCUCAAGUUAUGGGGAAUCAUGUUGCUGUUACUGUAGGAGGCAGCAAUGGACAUUUUGAGUUGAAUGUUUUCAAGCCAAUGAUGAUUAAAAAUGUGUUGCACUCAGCCAGGCUUCUAGGGGAUGCAUCUGUUUCCUUCACAGAAAACUGUGUGGUAGGAAUUCAAGCCAACACAGAAAGGAUCAAUAAACUAAUGAAUGAGUCUCUAAUGUUGGUGACAGCUCUUAAUCCUCAUAUAGGGUAUGACAAGGCAGCAAAGAUUGCUAAGACAGCACACAAAAAUGGAUCAACCUUGAAAGCAACUGCUAUUGAACUUGGCUAUCUCACAGCAGAACAGUUUGAUGAGUGGGUAAAACCUAAGGAAAUGCUGGGCCCAAAGUGACUUAAAGGAAUUUAAAUAAAAAUAAUUAUUGUAAAA